CUUAUCUUUAUUUUUUCUCAGUAGAGAAAAUGAUGGAAGGAAAUGGAAAAACAUCUGUACCUUCAGGUCACUACAGAUUUCGAAUACCAAAGAAGAAACCAAGCAGCAAGCCAGAGGAAGACCAUGUUCAGUCCCCUCUGUCGAGGCUCGCAGACUCCCACCAUUUGGACUGCCCUUUACAAGCGUGGAAAUUAAGGGCGAGGAAUCGGGGCUCUUCUCCAAACAGGAAAAGACAAAGAGACUUUGACAGACAUGACUUUGGUGAAAGAUCCAUAAUUGGGCAACCCAAAGUUAUGUUGACGAAUAUCCUGAGGACGGAAAUAGGAAGAAAAUACACACAGAACCAGCUUUUAACUGAUGCUAAUAUAUCUGACGAUGGCAAAGUGCAGUCAGAUCUACCAACUUCGUCUUCUGUUGCCAGCCUAGAGAUUUGGCAAAUAUUAAACCCUCCUCUCCAAAACCUUUUUCAGUCCAAAAGGCAUCCCAAAAUUAUCUUGACAAAUGUCCUGAGGACAAAAGUUGGAAGAAAAUAUGCAAAGAGCCAUCUUAGCUCUGAUGCUAACAUAUCUGAUGCUGACAAGUUACAGUCGGGUCAACCACCCUCAUCUGUUGCCAGUCUACAGACAUGUCAGAUAUUAAGUCCUACUCUUCAAAGUUCUUUUCUGUCCAAAAGGUAUGAACAACGCCCCAAAAAGUCAGAUGACAGUCUUUUAAAAUUGACUGAACCUUCUGAAGAAACUGCAAGCAAUAACAUUGUCAUCAGCGUUAGAAGACAUGAUGUUCAGAAGAAAGAAAAUAAGGAAGCUGACCACCAGGAUAAAAGGAGUAAAAAUCUGAAAAACACAUCUCUUGACUGGAAGGAAGCAAGCUGUCUGAAUUCUGAGAAGAGGAAAAGAAGAUUUGGGCAUCUUUCUGAUCAAUGUAAUACACAUUCUUCAGAAAAAUUAUUACUGUCCUGUAAAGAACAAAGAAUUAGUUCAGAUCAGCUACCAGACUGCAGAGGCUCUAGUGAGAGCAACUGUGGCCACCAAGCUAACCUGCUUCAGGAAGAUAUUCCUAAGCUACGAAGCACAGAAAGCGAAGCAACAUCCAUCCGGGAUGAUGGGAAGCCUGCUGCUAGCUGUGCAAAGGAAUCCUGCUUGGAGUCUCCUCCCAAGAGUUGGUUGCCUAGCAAACUGAAGGUGGACACAUCGGAGUAUAUGAGGAAGUUGCGUAACAGGUGCAGGAGCAAUCGGACAUUUAUACCAGCUGAGCCAAUUGUUCUUUCCAGUGACGAGGAAGAAGGAUCUUCUGAACCAGAUCACCCAGAAAUGCCACAUGUGCAGCCUGGGCAAGAUGAUUCACCUAACAGCAGAGAGAGAGAGCAAGACACUGAGUCUUUGCCAGAGGAGCAAUUGCAAGAUAUAAUCGAAAGUAAAUCUGAACAGGUUUCAUCUGAACCAUGUGAAGACAACUCUUCCACAGGGUCACUUUCCAGCAGCACACCAAAUGAACAAAGGGGUCCAGCAUUAGAUAUCAAGUAUGCCACUCUGUACAUCGGGAAAAUCAAAGGAACAGCAACAGGCUGUGUUUCAUUCACUACAAGGUACAUUAACAUCCCAUUUCAAGUGGCUUUGAAUAAGAUCAUAGAAUUGUCAGUGGAUACUGUCCACCUAAGAAAAUUUGGCUUGUGGAGGAGUACUGAUGACUCUCCCGCUGCAAAGAGUAAAAAUCUCAUUCUCCUUUGGCUGUCUGCGGACUGUGUGGAACAGAUUGAAACCCAACUAGGAAUGUCUGUUUCAAGGAAGCCAUCCAAUUCUGAUGAAUUCCUAUUUCUUGAACUAUUACAACCAUUAAUGGAACAAGAACAAAUUAAGCUAAGUGAGUUGAUUACAGAAGUGGGCAAGAAAAACCAGGCACCCGAUCUCUCUGACUUCUUGUCUUGGAAGCAGGUGUUAUCUUUGUUUAAGGACCUGUCCCCUGAAGACAGCUCUUUUAUGAAAUAUCACCAUACCUUGUUUCAGCAGCAGUUGCAGAAGGAGAGUGCCUCAGUUCUGCCUGACCCUGUACCUCAGGAAUCUAAAGUAAAUGCAACCAAGCCCAACUAUGCUCUUUUGCAUAAGCAGAAUAAUGGUCACUAUGCCAUUUCUCUGUCAUCUAAAUCAGAUGAUAAAUGGAAAGAAAUAAGAGAAACCGGACCUGUUGAGAAUUUGAUUGUUUAUCCUCCCCCACCUGCCAAAGGAGGACUGGGAGUCACAAAAGAGGAUCUUAAGUGUUUAGAGUAUGGAGAGUUCCUCAAUGAUGUCAUCAUUGACUUCUAUCUGAAAUACCUUUUAUUGGAGAAAGCACCAAAGCAUCUUGCUGAGCGCUCACAUGUUUUUAGUAGCUUCUUCUAUAAGUGCCUGACCAGGAGAGAGAAAAACUCUGAGAGAGAUCCAAAGCUUUCGGCAGCACAGAGAAGACACAGAAGAGUAAAAACAUGGACUCGUCAUAUAAACAUCUUUACUAAAGAUUAUAUCUUUGUUCCUGUGAAUGAGGAGUCUCAUUGGUACCUUGCAGUUAUUUGCUUUCCUGGGUUGGAAGCAGCUGUGUAUGAAGAUUGUCCGAACCAGUGCCUCCUGCAGCCCCAGAUUAAGCACUCUCUACUUCGUUCAAAAAAAGAGACAGAGGCUGUUAGAACCAGUACAGUCCUGGUCUUUGGUGAUAACUUUAAGGAUGAAGAGGAACUGGAUCUAAACAGCAGUCUGCAUUUGAAAGAUGGUGAUCAGCCUACUACUUUGUUCUCUGCCUUGGAUUCAAAUCAUUCCAAAAGCUCCUUAAAUGAUUCCAACCCACAGAAAAUUUGUAAAAGGCCUUGUAUACUCAUCUUAGAUUCCUUGAAAGCAGGUUCCCUGCAGAGCACAGUUCAGAUCCUGAGAGAGUACCUGGAAAUAGAAUGGGAAGUUAAACGAAAAACCCACCGGGAGUUCGGCAAAUCAACAAUGAUUGAUUUCUGUCCUAGAGUCCCUAAACAGGAUAACAGCAGUGAUUGUGGGGUAUAUUUACUGCAGUAUGUGGAAGCCUUUUUCCAGAAUCCUAUCAUUAACUUUGAGCAGCCCAUGCACUUGGAGCGUUGGUUCCCUCGUCGGGUGGUGAAAAACAAAAGGGAAGAAAUUCAAGAUCUCAUCUUGCAAUUGCACUUGCGACAGCAAGGUGGCAGCAGCAGCUAAAGAAUCUGCUCUGGCAAACCUGGAAGAGACAUUUCUGUACAGUGUGACUGGAAAACUGCUUAGCAGCACCUGGGUUGUGCCUGCUUUGCAAAAAAGGAAAACCACAUAGUAUUUUUGUUUGUCUGUUGGUAAAUUUGUUCCAGGACUUUUUGCUUGAAUUGUAGGAUGUGGGGUUUGGGUUGAGGCUUUGUAGAUACAGUGUAAAUAUGUAAUUUAAAAUUAACAAAUAUUCGCCUAAAUGAAUUUUUAUUUGGUAUAUGAGAGCAGCAUAGAGGUAUGUACCACAAAGAUGGGAAAGUUCUUUAAUCCUGUAGAGUCUGUUCCUCACUGUUGUGUGCACAUGCACACAACUCAGAUUUGAGUGAACAUAUAGUCGUCAUGCUUGGUGAGAAGAUCUCAUCCCUAUGUUGUAAUACUCUGCCUUGCAGUUCUCAUAUAUAGUAUGAAUACUGUGUAUUUCUUUAUUUUAAGAAUAUAGUAAUGAAUCUCUUUAGAGAUAUCUCUUUUGAUAUAUUUUUAUUAUUAUUUGUUUAUACUUUCUGACAUGAAUAGCUGCAUGCCUGUUGAGAGCUGAGCUCGCUAUUUUAGUGUUUCCAUCAUAAAACUUAACUUAUAAGGAAACUGAAAGCAUUUGCUUCAGGAUAAAGCUUGAAGCCUUUGCAGGUGAAAUGUGGACUCCUUUCUUGAAUUUUCAAGUAUAGUUUUUCUUAACCACAGGUUGGAAAAAGCUUGUGCUUUUAAAUUAUGGAUGUAUCCUGGUGCAAAAGCCAGACAGUGCAGUAAACCCUACCUGCCUGACUUGUAUGUCUUUGAUGCGAUGAGACUUCUGUCCACAAGGUAAUCAGGUGUCGGUCUCAAAUUGGUUUUAGGUGCUUUAAUGAGAACUGUAUGCACAUGGCUUUACUCCAAAGGCCUGCUGUAUUCAGGGUUGUAAUGUGUCUUAAAAAUGUGCAUAGGUAUUUUGGGCCCAAGCUGGCAAACAAGUAAGUCUAUAUUUAGAAGUUUUACUUAUUGGAGUUUUACUUAGUCAUGUUGAAUCACACUGAGUAAAAGUACUGAAGGUUUGGAUUGGGCCUUUUAUGUGAUAAGCUAACAAGUGAUUGGCUAGAUGGAUAUUUAUGCCAUUUUCGAAGAGAAACUAGCCCCAGAAAGUUUUAAUAACCUUUUAGUACAUGGUCACCUAGGGUGCUUUCCCCUGUUCUCCAUGGUAAAGAAGUACAUUUUGCAGUUGCCUUUGAAAGGACUACAUUUUAAUCACAGCCUUAAAGUGACAUUUCAGCUUUGAAAGCUGAAAGUGAAUGGCAGAGCUAAAAUGAAAGUUAAGGGAGGUCCUUAAGGGUGACAGAUAGUCCCAGUAGCCAGAUUUAGGAACAGAUCUUCAGCUGGUAUAUAUCACUAUAAUGCCAUUCUCUUAAUUAGAGCAGCAGGAGGAGUUGGUCACUGCUGUUCAUUUUUUUCACUUAGCAUUAUUAUUCACACCAGGAGUUGCCUUACAGGGGGAAGAAAAAACAUUUAAAAAUAGGCUUAUUAGCUGGCUGAGGGCUGUUACCUUCUACCUGCCUGCAGUUAGCUUAAUUGAAGCAGUAAAUACACAUUUCAGCGCUUAACUCUAGUUUCUUUUGACCAUUGAGCAACUUUUCUUAGUUGCAUAGAUCAUCGCUCUUAGCCUCCAUAAGCCUGUGUAGCUUUUGUCUCCCUAGCCAUCGUAUCAACAUUACUAUAGACCUAAGGGAUUUUUUUGUUUAUUUAUUGUUCAGAUGGAUAAAAGAUUAAGUAAAGAUAUGUGAAUAGUACUUGUUUACUAUGCCUUUUCAAUUGAUGCAUAUUUUUCCUGGUGAUCCCACUAAAAUUAUAAAUACAUUUUUUUCUGCAUUACUAAUUGAUUCCCACCAUAAAAUAAUAUUUGUGCUUCUUUAGAUUGAUGUGUUUGUACACUUUUUCAAAGGUAAUCUAGUCUUUUUAUUAGCCAGCUUUUAUAACACCACCUUAUGAAUCCUUUAUAGAUUAAUGAUGGAAAUGUGUAAUAGGAAUGCCAGUGUGUUUGAAAUUAAAAAGCUUUAAAAGUUGUGGA